AUCUACCUGUCUUCGAACAUAGCCUAUACAGCGAAUAUCGCUGGCCCAUUUCAUCCAGUGGAGUGCAUUUUGCAUGCCAUUGCAACAAGCGCGCGUGACCGGUCCCCCGGUGUCUGUGUGUGUUUGUGCGUGCGUGUGAGAGAGCAUUUUCUGAAGGUUUCACUCAAACCGGAAGGAUUCACUCGUUACAGUCGUAUCACCGCUAUUGAGACGGUGCCUGAAGGGCUCACACGUUAAAUCCCAACGGCAACGCUUAGAUUAUAGCACCCUCCGUUAAACGCCUUCUUCCCAUAAACCGUGGUGUUCAGAAACGGACGAGGGAGGAACUCUAAACAGUGAACUUUAUCCACAUGGCAGAGCCCAACUUCCCCCCACUGCCGGGAUUCAUCCCGCUCAAGCCAUGCUUCUACCAGGACUUUGAUGAGAUCCCUGAACAGCACCGCAGCAUGUGCAAGAAAAUGUACCACCUGUGGAUAUUGAAUAGUGUUACUCUUGCUGUGAAUCUCAUUGGCUGCUUUGCUUGGAUGUUUGGUGGAGGUGGUGUGACCAACUUUGGGCUGGCUAUCAUCUGGCUCCUGAUGUUCACUCCCUGCUCUUAUGUCUGUUGGUUCAGGCCCAUCUACAAGGCCUUCAAGAGUGACAGCUCCUUCAACUUCAUGCAGUUCUUCUUUGUGUUCAUGGCCCAAGUUGGAAUCAGCAUCAUCCAAAGCAUAGGCAUACCUGGAUGGGGAGUAUGUGGUUGGUUGGCUACCAUCUCCUUCUUCAGUUAUAAUAUUUUUAUUGCACUGAUCAUGUUGGUCCCUACUAUCAUGUUCACUGCAGUGGCCUCAUUGUCCUUCAUUGCCCUAACCAGGAUCCAUAAUUUCUACCGUGGCAGCGGGGCCAGCAUGUCCAAAGCUCAGGAGGAAUGGACCUCAGGAGCUUGGAAAAACCCUCAUGUGCAGGCAGCGGCCCAGCAGGCUGCCAUGGGGGCAGCUGCUGGAGCCAUGCAGGGUCAGCCCUCUAGCCCACAAUAUGACGAUAACCAGAUGUAGCCACUUCAAGACAGAGAUGUCAAACAAAUGAUGUGACAGAUAUGCCAAAGUUUGAGCAACAGGGUUAGGGAGAUUUGACCAUUUCCCACAAUAUCAUUGAUGAUUAAGUGUUUCAGAAACAACACUUGCAUAAUUUAACAGGUUCAGUUUUUACAUUUUGGUCAAAUCACAGAAUCAGGAGAAUUGUCAGUGAUUUCAUGCAACUUCCUCAUUUGGCAAACCAAUAGCUCUGAAUAUCUGUGGGAAGUUUCGCCAUCCUGUAUUAAAGGGCAUGCAAAUUAUUUGUGGUGUUUUUUAUCGUUUCAUAUUUUUUCCCUCCUGGUCUUCUGUUGGAGGUUGAAAUGAAACUAGUUUAGAAUGUGCACUAGAGCUGUGUGCUAAUAUAUUCUUUGUAAUGACCUAUAGUUCUAGCAAAUUUUACAAAAGAAAGAAAAAAAACUGAUGUACAAUAACUUUUGUUGUGAUGAAGAUUAAAUUAUUUAGAAGUAUCUUAUUUAAUUUAUUUACCAAUUAGCACUUUUAGAAUGAUACAUUGCUUAGGAUGUAAAGUUAGUUUUUCUUGUAUUUUAAAUUCAAAGGUAAACCAAAGAUCCGAUGUUAGAUUGUAACCUUAUUUUAAAUCCUGUUAAUUUAUGUGACUCAGCAUCAUUUCAUCAUAUUUCUAUGCAGUUUAUCAGUGAUUGCACUGUGAAAUUAAAGAAUGUUGAAAGGGAGUCUUUCUGUAUUACAGUAAGACAGUAUUAUUGCAAAACUUACUUGAAGCUGACUCUCUAAUGUACUUGAAGCUUCUUGUUGACGUACUGUAUACCUUACACUGAAACCACAUUUAUAUCACAGAUGAAUUAGUGUUUAACGGUCCCAAGUAAGUUCAGCAAAAACAACUGAAAUACCUGUCCCGUGUGCUGUAAUCAGCUCUAGAUUAUGUGUUUUUUAGUUUUGUACUGAAUGUCAAUUUAGCAUGUGCUCUUUUUUAAACUGUGUCGAAUGAAGACAACUUUGCUCCUGCUGUAUGGCUAUUUGACCACAGAGAGGUGCUGGUGGAUUUAGUAUGAAAUAAAAAGCUCCAACAUUUGCAGACAUUCAUCCUUCAGAGAUCAUAGCCUACAUUUAUGGCACAUGGAGGUACUGUACAUACACUUUAGCCACUUGACAGUUAUCAUAUCAUACUUGGGCUGAGAUCCAAAGAUUGCAAAAAGUUUGUUAUAGUAUUAUUCUGCAGUUACUAAAGGAGAUUGCUUUGCAUUAAAUCUCUUUGUUUUUUGCUUGAGAACUGUAUUUUUGCCCCAUUUA